AUGUUUCCGUCGACGUUGGUCUUCGUCUCCUUAAUCGUUCUGGCUUGGGCAGCGCCGCAAGCAAAGAGAGCACAAGCAGGGACCCCGCAAGUAACAAUAAAGAGUCCGCAGGCAAAAAUCAAGGGAUCAACAAAAGGGUUUCUCGGAGCCAAAGCCGGUGAGGUUGAAUCUUUCAAUGGAAUUCCUUUCGCAAAGCCCCCUAUCGGGGAAUUACGCUUCAAGCCCCCAGUCCGCCUGACCGAGUCCAUGGGAGAUGUCGAUGCAACUACAGAACAACCGAACGCAUGCCCGCAGUUUGCCUUGAACAGCGAUUUCGGUUCCCCUCUCAUCCCUCCAGAUCUUCUUGACAAGGUCCUCAAUCUUCCUAUUCUGAAAAACCUGGCUGUUGGACAAGAGGACUGCCUUACGAUAAACGUUCAGCGACCGGCCGGGACGACCGAAAAGGAUAAACUACCCGUCAUGUAUUGGAUCUUUGGAGGCGGUUUCGAGCUUGGCAGCACGUCAAUGUAUAAUGGAGCUGGUAUUGUUGCGGAAGGCAUGACCACAGGCAAGCCGAUCAUCUUCGUCGCCGUGAACUACCGAGUUGGGGCGUUUGGAUUUAUGCCCGGGAAAGACCUCAUGAUGGAGGGGAGUUCCAACGCCGGACUAUUGGACCAAAGGAUGGGUCUUGAAUGGGUUCAAGAUAAUAUUGCGAGCUUCGGAACAUUCGGUUCCAGUGGCGACCCAAACAAAGUCACUCUUUGGGGAGAAUCGGCUGGCGCCAUCUCAAUCUUCAGUCAGCUAACACUCAACAACGGCAACAUCACUCGCAAUGGAAAGGCUCUCUUCCACGGCGCUAUCAUGAACUCAGGCUCGGCAGUCCCAACGGAUCCAAUGGAUUCGCCCAAGGCCCAGAAGGUCUACGAUACGGUCGUGUCCAAGGCUGGCUGUGCCAGUGCCAAAGAUCGUCUCAAAUGUCUUCGAGACCUCCCCUAUGAUGAUAUGAGGAAGGCCGCAAACUCGGUGCCUGGUCUUCUAAGCUUCAACUCGAUCGCUCUGUCGUAUCUCCCCAGACCAGAUGGGAAAAGCAUUGUCUCCAGCCCUGAAAUAUUUGCAACCUCAGGCAAGCUACCAAAAGUCCCAUUUAUCAUUGGCGACCAAGAAGACGAGGGAACACUGUUCGCCCUUUUCACGCCGAAUAUUUCGACCACUCGAGAAGUAGAAGAAUACUUCUCCACCCUCUUCUUCAACAAUGCGUCACCCCAGCAAGUCAAAGGCCUUGUUGCAACUUACGCGAACCGUCCUUCUGAAGGGUCACCAUUCCGCACAGCCGGCUUCAACAAUAUAUAUCCACAGUUCAAGCGCAUGGCUGCGAUUUUAGGAGACUCUGUUUUCACCUUGACUCGCAGAGCGGUGUUGAAUAUCUCUCUGGCUGUCCAGCCUGACGUGCCGAACUGGAGCUACCUCGCCAGUUACGAUUAUGGAACACCAAUAUUAGGCACAUUCCACGGCUCUGAUCUCUUGCAAGUUUUCUAUGGCAUCAAGCCGAAUUACGCUGCUUCAGCCACACGAGCGUACUAUUUCAAUUUCGCGUACAACCUGGACCCUAAUGAUUCCUCUGGUGGUACAGGUACUGCAAACGUUAAGUUGAUUAACUGGCCAAAGUGGAAAGAUGGCGCCAAACUGUUGAACAUGAGGGCUAACGAUGCUGGUUUGAUGAAUGACGACUUCCGACAGGAUAGCUUCAACUUUUUGCUCAACAAUGUACAGAGCUUGCGUUUUUAG